UGGUGUACUUGUACUUGAGCACUCAAAAAUAACAUGGACAAGAUCACUAGCUUACUGGCCAUAAUUGCGGUCAUAGGAGCAAAUAUCCAGAGUCAAGAUCAGGUUUAUAACAUCCUUGUGGUGGUGAAGAAAAAUUCAAGUGUUUUUCAAGAAGCCAAGGGACUUCUUAGAAAGAAUUUCAGCUCGCCGUUAAKCGGACAUUGGGCCGUCAAUUUUAUCGAAUAUCGUGUCAUUUCAUCUGUCCCACAAACCUUUUUAAUUCUAGCGAAUAACUUUACCAAAAACAACACUUUUGAUGGAAUUAUAUUUGCUGAUAUAACAAGGAAUACAGCUCUGCUUUCUCAAGGUUUAAAGAGUGUGGUUCCUACCAUAGGACUUCAAGAUACCGGACAAGAGGUGCUGGCCUCCUUGUUGUACUUUACCAGAGUCCCAACACCGCCUCUCCAAAAAUUCGCCUACGUCAUCAAGGACUUUAUCAAAAAGAUGGGAUGGCGUAAGAUAUUCAUUAUAGAUACCGCAGACACAGAAGGACUCCAGUUUGCACGGUACAUGUUGGAUUAUGGGAAAGAGGAACAAUGGUCAAGCGUUACGUAUGUUUUAUUGGAUGGCGUUGUGACAAAGGAAAGAUUAACCGAGAUUCAUAGCAAGAUAUCCAAUACUACGCCUGAUAUUAUUAUAGCCAAUAACAUCAGACAUUACAUUACUAAUUCACUCACAAAUACAACCUCGUCAAUCUGGUUAAUAAACGAUUUGCCACUCGUUUCCAUGGAAACACUACCAGCUGGUAUCCUCAGAAUAAAUCAGCGAGAUGACAGCCUUAACUACCAUUACCAUGGCAAUCUAAAACUCUUAACUCAAGCAAUGACGUUCUUUGAAUCCGCUGUCAAUCUCUCUGUCUUGAAUUUGUGUCAAGGUCGUGACAUCAUUGUUGACUGUGCAAACAGGUUAAACCGGUUAGCACUACGUCAAGAAGUCAUCAGAUAUAUAAGUAAUAGCUCCCCAAAUCAAGACUCAGUUUUCUACGUUCCUGAUCUCUACGACCCUCCAAAAAACUCCUUUGAUUUCCUAAACUUACACGUUGACAACCAUGGUAAAAAACACUGGUCCAACUUUGGCAUGUGGACUCCUGUUGGAAUAGCACUCAAUGCGUUCAUUAAUCAGCACAGUGCUAAGAUAGAGCCGCCCAUUGUGUCCCCUAGACCCAAACUUCGAGUCCCUGUCGUUUCUGUCCCAUCAUGGAUGAAUGUUGGUAAGCCAUUUUACCCUUCUGGUGAAUGCCUUAGUGGAUAUGCGUGCUACUCACUUAAAAAAGAUGGUACAAAAAGGACGAAACACUGCUGCUUAGGGGCACAGAUAGAUCUUAUUAAACUAUUAGAAAAUGACUUAAAUUUCGAGGCAUUUAUUUACUUCACUCCAGACGGUCAGUGGGGAGGAUUCAAUAGUAGUUCAGGAGAAUGGACUGGUCUUAUGAGAGAACUCACGUCACAUAAUGCUGACGUGACAUCGUUUCUGGGCAUCAGCCAAAUAAGGAAUGAAGCUGUUGAAUUCACACAACCAUAUAUGGAGCUGGGUUUAAAUAUUUUAGUUCACAACACAAAUGAAUCAUCUCAGUCUGGAGCAAUUAACUGGAAAUUCUUAGACCCCUUCAAAGCGGAUUUAUGGCUAAUGAUCAUUGGCUUCAGCAAUGUCUUCCUUGUGGUCAUCUGGGGACUGGAUCGACUUAGUCCACACGGUCAUCGUAGGAGAAUCGCUGCUUUAUUGCAAGAACAAAGCUAUACACAAGACGACGGUUUUACAUUGCUUGAUUCCAUGAGUUAUGUUUGGGGCGUGGCCUUUAGUAAAGAAAUCGGUGCAGAAAACACUCCCAGAAGUCCUAGCGCUCGUGUUGUCUCAAUAUUCUUUGCUUUUAUGGCGUUAAUCCUUGUUAACACCUACUGCGCUAAUCUAACGGCAGUACUGAUGGAAGCGAACUUUACGUCACCUAUAAAUGGAAUACGAGAUGAGAGGCUAACCAAUCCCUCACUUUACCCCCCUAAUGGUUUUCAACUGGGUGUGGUCCGUGGUUCAAUAGAAGAAUGGUAUUUCAAGAAUCACAGCGAUAAACAAAUCCAGCACUUGUACCACAUCAACAUUAAAAUUAACCUGGUUGACAGCUAUAAAGAAGGAUUCUCCCAGCUUAGUAACAAGAAGCUUGAUGGUUUAGUAGGAGACACAAUUUCCCUGCAAGCGCAAGCCAAAAAUACACACUGUAAUUUUAGACUCAUAGGAAAAAGCUUCUAUAACUUUGGCGUUGGCUUUGCAUUCCCUAAAGGAUCUCCAUGGAUCUAUAAAGCUACCUUGUCUUCUCUUAAACAUCAGGAAAACGGCACAAUAGAACGUAUCAAAACUCUUCGCUUUCCGCCCAGUUCAUGCACGAAUACGCAUGCUCGUGACUUUGGUAUCGCUGACUUUAGCGGUUUGUUUGUUCUAGUAGCCGGCGUUGUGUUAUUUGGAGUUUUGGCUUUAUUUGUUGAAAUUGUACUUAUCAUUAUAUUGACUAAAUACUGGACGUUGAUGGGGUGUCUGGCUAAAAAGUUACGGUAUUUCUUUUUGGGAAUCGAAAAAAAUGAAGAAAACAUAGAUUUCCAUUUUUUUCGGUCAUUUGACAAAAAAAGCUGGGACUUAAACCACACUUAUCAUACGUCAACCAAUGGACACAUUCGAAAUGGUAACAUUGGGCGAGUGAAGUUUGGUACCAAUGGCCGCACGGGGAUUAAGAACUACGGUUUUUCUGAUAAGGAAGAAGAUGAUUGGUUUCGCUCGUCGAGAGCCUCAGUACGAAGUUUGUCCGUAAGUGAAUUCAUGCCAAGUGAACACAAAACUGGGGAGAUAAGUAAUGGCAGUACAAUCAAUGCAAGACAGACAGCAGAGGUUGAUAAUACAUAACUACAGAUAAACUAUAAAUAACAGAUGAAGUAUCCUGAUAUUUCUUAGAGAAGCUUUUCAAAAACAUAUACAUGAAGUAUGCAUUACUUUUAUCAUUUGAAUAAAGGAAAGUAUCACUGAUUAAGUAUCUCAGGAAUUAAAAUCGUUGAAAGUUC